UAAAGAUUUGACCCUUUAUUCCCAUUGGAAGCGUUUUCAGAUAUUUUUGUGAUCGAGCAUAUUACGAGAUGUCGAAAGAAGGAGCAUUGGAUCUGGCAUCUGGUGUUGGUGGAAAGAUUGAGAAGAAUGAAGUUCUUUCUGCUGUUGAUCAGUAUGAGAAGUAUCAUGCCAGUUUUGGAGGCAACGAGGAACAGAGAAAAGCUAACUACUCUGAUAUGGUUAACAAAUAUUACGAUCUUUCAACUAGUUUCUAUGAGUUUGGCUGGGGCGAGUCUUUCCAUUUUGCACCCAGAUGGGAAGGAGAGUCUCUUAGAGAGAGCAUUAAGCGGCAUGAGCACUUUCUUGCUUUACAGCUAGGUUUGAAACCUGGACAAAAGGUGUUGGAUGUUGGUUGUGGAAUUGGUGGGCCAUUAAGAGAAAUUGCUCGAUUUAGCUCAACAGCCAUUACGGGGUUGAACAAUAAUGAGUAUCAGAUAUCAAGAGGAAAAGAAUUGAAUCGCAUAACAAGAGUGGACAAGACCUGUGACUUUGUGAAGGCUGACUUCAUGAAAAUGACAUUUCCGGACAAUACUUUUGAUGCUGUGUAUGCUAUAGAAGCUACUUGCCAUGCACCAGAUGCGCUGGGAUGCUACAACGAGAUCUACAGAGUAUUAAAGCCUGGCCAGCAUUUUGCUGCAUACGAGUGGUGUAUGACUGACUCUUUCGAUUCUAAAAACCAAGUGCACCAGAAAAUAAAGGAAGAAAUUGAACUCGGUAAUGGCCUACCAGAUGUCAGGUCAACAAGGCAAUGUCUUGAAGCUUUAAAACUUGCAGGAUUUGAGGUUAUAUGGGAGAAGGAUCUUGCCUUGGACUCACCAAUGCCUUGGUAUGCACCUCUGGAUCCUCGUCAUUUCUCACUUAGCAGUUUCCGUCUAACAGCUAUUGGUCGUUUCGUCACAAGAAAUUUGGUUAAGGUCUUAGAAUAUGUGCGCCUUGCUCCAGAAGGAAGUCAAAGAGUUCAAGCCUUUCUUGAGAAAGCUGCAGAAGGAUUGGUCGCUGGUGGAAGGAAAGAGAUCUUCACACCAAUGUACUUCUUCUUGGUCCGAAAACCUCAUUCAGGCAGCACUUCAGCAGAAGCUUCUUAAGGUUUGGGACAUUAUUAUUUGUAUAUUU